AUGGCGUCUUGGAAACAUUUGAGCCUCUCCAUCUCCGCCAUCCUCCUUCUAUCUACCAGCCUUGCUUAUCUUCUGUUAUCCCUUGCCCCUCAUACUCCUUCUCACCUAAUCAAACAGCAUCAGUCUUCUCAACAUUCCCCAUCACCAGCUGCUUCUGCUUCUUGUUCUCCUCUUAAAGACUAUCAUCAAGGGUUCCAUGCUCCAGCGAAAAACCCAUGGAUCGAACUCGACGAGGAGGAAGCUUCACAGAUCUCCGCCUUCUUCCAAGAGACAUAUAAUCUGAAAAGAGAUACUCAUUCUGAGUCUGACUCUGAGUCUAACGAUGCCUCUAACGAUGCCUCUACAUCCAAGUCAUCCAAGGCUUCAUCCAAGUCAUCUAAGACUUCAUCUAAGGCUUCAUCCAACAGCACCCCUGUCCCCCAGAUCCAUCUCAUCGAACUUCUACGUCCCAAUAAAUCCGACGUCGUCAACUAUCUGGACAGCAAUGGGCCCCUUCCCGAGCGUUGGGCUCGUGUAUCGAAUCUGGAAUACAACGACAGCACGAACGAAGUAUUUAUCGCGGAAUACAUGGUUGGACCACUUCCAGCAGUGUCUGUGUCGUCCGUUGAAGGGCGUGGCCGCGAACGCAACAGCCAGGACGAAAAGGAUACCGACGCCAUCGACCACCACAACAGCUAUACAAAACCGCAACCCCAGAUCCACCCCCUAACAUACUGCUACAACUCCGGCCGAAACCGAGUUCAAACCCCCCUGGCCGGUUCUUUCGCUCUUCUCGAAUGGGCCCUCAGCAUAGGCGAGAACGCAUCCGACAUCACGCAGGAUCUGCUCGGCGCCGCCACGAACCGAGACGAUCCAUCAGACCCGGCCGCACUGGUGAUGGGCUCGAGACCGGCCCUGAUCGAAGCCGGCAGGAUGGUGCAUUGGCUCGAGUUCUUCAGCGCGGGAAUCGCCUCUGAUAGUCGCAGUUUGCUUCCUCAGGGGUUAUAUGUCAAAGUGGAGACGCCGACGCCGGAUCCUACGACCUGGAUGACCAAGCAGUGGUUCUAUAAUGGCGUCUUGUACGAUAAUGAUACAGCGCUGCGUGAUGCCAUGGCUGAGCCGGGGUUUGUUAGGCUUGAGAGGAACUUGGAUGGAGAAUGGACUGAUACUGAAGAAUUUGAUACUGAUGCUGAUGCCGACACCAACACUGAAGAGUUUGAUACUGACAGCGACACCGAUGCUGACGCUGAGUUCUCGAAAUUCAAGUCUGAUCCCUCACGCUCACGCUCACGUUCAUCCCUCCCCCCAAUCUCAAUCCAACCCUACGGCCCUCGCUACCACCUCGACCGCCACGAACAAUAUCUCUCGUGGAUGGGCUUCUCGUUCUACCUCUCCACCAAUCAAGCGACAGGUCUGUCUCUUUUCGACAUCCGCUACAACAACUCCCGCCUCAUCUACCAGCUCGGCCUGCAGGAGGCGCUGGCCCACUAUGCUGGCGUCGAGCCGAUGCAGUCCGGCCUCGAGUUUCUCGACGCCUUCUUCGGCAUGGGCAGUAUGAUGUUCAGCCUGGUCCCGGGCCACGACUGUCCCGGCCACGCCGAGUAUUUGGGCAUGUGGUACCACAAGGGCCCUGGAGGGAAGAUGUAUCGCAACAGGAACGCCAUUUGUGUCUUUGAAUAUACGUCGGACGCGCCGUUGCAGAGACAUACGUCGGCGUUCAGUGCCACUGUUAGCAGGAACACGUAUCUUGUGGUCAGGAGUGUGAGUACCGUGGGGAACUAUGAUUACACUAUCGACUACAUAUUCUACCUCGACGGGUCCAUCGAAGUCAAACUCCGCGCAAGCGGCUUCAUCUUCGGCGCCUUCCACGCUGAACCGCGCUCGUCGUCUUCAUCAUCUUCAUCAUCAUCAUCACCUUCCAAACGCGAAGCACACACUUCCCACCACAACCCACCCUCACCCAACACCAAUCCCAACGAAUACGGCUACCGCAUCCACCCAGCCGUCCACACCUCGAUGCACGACCACGUCGUCUCGUUCCGCGCAGACCUCGACAUCUGCGGCCCGUCCAACACGUUGAUACGCACGGCCAUCGAACCCCUGACGCAAUCCUACGACUGGGACCGGCCCGAGAUCCCCGGCCCCCGCAACACCAUGCACAUGGUACACACGCCGGUCACGCACGAGACCGGGCUCAACUGGCCCCGCAACAGCGGCGAGAUGUACCUGAUCACCAACCCCAACGCCACGAACAGAUGGGGCGAAACCCGAGCCUACCGCAUCCUGCCCGGCACGGGGAUGGGCAGUCCCGCAUCCCUGACGAUCGUGAAUUCGACGACGCUCGGCCGUUCCGCGGCGUGGGCCAGUUCGGAUCUGUGGAUUCUGAAGAACCGGCCGGUGACAGAGCCCGCGGGGGCCCAUGCGUGGAAUUACCUGCAGCCGUUGGAUCCGUUGGUUGAUUUCGAGAAGAUGGUCGACGGCGAGCCCAUCGAGGAGGAGGAUCUGGUGGUGUACUUCAACUUGGGGGGGCAUCAUGUGCCGACGACCCAGGAUGUUCCCAAUACGUUGAUGCAUACUAGUGCCAGUUCGGUCAUGUUUGUGCCGUUCAAUUAUUUCGAUCAUGAUGUCUCGAGGGCCGUGAGACAGGGUGUUAGAGUGGAUAGGAGGAAGAAGUGGGGAAAGAAGGAGGAGGAGAAGAAGAAGAAGAAGAAGAAGGAAACUUCUACUAAAACUACUACUGCUACUACUACUGGUCGUGGUUGUGGUGGUGAUCGACACGGAGGUCAAGUUGAGACUGGUGACGAAGACGGAAAGGAAGAGCGAGAGAAAGGGAAAGAUGAAAUUCGCCGCACAGCAGCCCUUGGUCGAGGACGACAUACUGUACGAAACGAUGACACGGAUGAAAAGAUUGAUAUGGCCACUGAAGAAAAGAGGCCAGAGGGUGAUGACAGUGACGAUGAUGAUGACAAUGCCGACAUAACAUAUUUCGGCGGCCACUAUACAUCCCCCGUCCUGGUUUCUCAAGAAAUGCUCUCCCCGGAUCUCAGCAAUUAUAUGAAAGAGCGGGAUGAAGAAGAAGUCGGCGGCUGGAAGACCGUCCGGAACCGCGUCGGUGGAGGAUUGCUUGGUCUUUUCGUCGGGAAGGAGAGGGGGGAGUUGGGAGACGAGGACAACGACGGCGACGGCGACGCUGAUCGAGGUCGAAUGGAUUGGUGA